AUGGGCCAGACGCAGAAGCACGUGGUGCCGUCAAAUGCACCGGCCGGGGUAGCGCCCAGCACAACCAGCGUGGCAGUGCGGGCAGCGUCGUUCUCGGCAGACGCGCUGGCAGCGACGCGUGAGCAGCAGCAGCAGCAACAGCAGCAGCAACAGCAGCAGCAGCACCACUACCAGCAGCACCACCACCUUCACCACCAGCAGCAGCUGGCGCUAGCGCUGGGCGGCGGGGCAGCAGGACGCAGCUACGAGGACACGCACGUGCGGCUCGACGACUUUGACGUGUUCCGCACGGUGGGGACGGGCUCGUUUGGGCGCGUGCGGCUGGUGCAGCACCGCGGCUCGGGCAAGCACUACGCGAUGAAGGUGCUGAAGAAGAGCCACGUUGUGCGGGCCAAGCAGGUGGAGCACGUCAACAGCGAGCGGCGUAUCCUGGCCGAGUGCGCGUGCCCAUUCAUCGUCCACAUGCUGGGCACGUGCCAGGACAACGUCAACCUGUACUUCUUCAUGGAGUAUGUGGUGGGCGGCGAGCUGUUCACGUAUCUGCGGCGGUACCACCGCUUCCCGCCGCCCGUGGCCAAGUUCUAUGCGGCCGAGGUGCUGCUGGCGCUGGAGUAUCUGCAUGCGCGUGACAUUGUGUGGCGUGACACCAAGCCCGAGAACAUCCUGCUGGACGGCCGCGGCCACGUCAAGCUGACCGACAUGGGCUUUGCCAAAAAGGUGGUGGACCGCACAUGGACGCUGUGCGGCACGCCCGACUACCUGGCGCCGGAGGUGAUCCAGGCCAAGGGCUACGGCAAGAGCGUCGACUGGUGGGCGCUGGGCAUCCUGAUCUUCGAGAUGAUCGCCGGAUAUCCGCCGUUCUACGACGAGGACCACUACCGCCUGUACGAAAAGAUCCUUGCCGGCCGCAUCCAGUGGCCGUCGCAGUUCGACCCCGUGGCACGUGACCUGGUGAGCCGCCUGCUGACCGCCGAUCUGUCGCGCCGGCUCGGCAACCUGCACCGCGGGUCGCUGGACAUCAAGGAGCACCGGUGGUUCGCCGAGGUCGACUGGACGCGGCUCGCCGCGCGCGAGAUCCCGGCGCCGCUGAUUCCGCCGCAGAAGGUCGACGGCGACACCAGCAACUUUGACAAGUAUCCCGAGACCGCAGAAAAGUACGGCGACAUGGCCACUCCUGAUCCGUACGCCGAGCUGUUCCUCGAGUUCUGA